GCCCACUCACUCGCUGACAGCGGGGCUUCUCUUGGAAGGAAGUGGGUCCGUUGGUCGGUUCGGAACGAGGCUGGCGCUGCCAGUCCCGCGCCUAGCCGUUGCCAUGGCAGCCACCGGCGGGGUCGCAGAUGACGAGUCGGGAUCUGGCCGCUCGAGCUCCGACGGCGAGUGCGCGGUGGCACCGGAGCCGCUGGCGGAAGCCGGAGGCCUGUUCUCCUUCGCGGAUCUAGGCGCUGCGCUGGGCGGCGGCGCAGGCCAUCCGGGCUGUGCAGCCGGUAGGGCCCAGUCCCCGCUGCGCUACCUGCAGGUCCUGUGGCAGCAGGACGCUGAGCCCCGCGACGAACUGCGCUGCAAGAUUCCCGCCGGGCGGCUGAGGCGCGUCGCUAGGCCCCACCGCCGGUUCGGGCCCACGGGCAAGGAGGUGCACGCUCUGAAGAGGCUGAGGGAUUCUGCCAAUGCCAAUGAUAUAGAAACAGUGCAGCAGCUGCUGGAAGAUGGCACGGAUCCCUGUGCAGCUGAUGACAAAGGCCGCACAGCCCUCCAUUUUGCCUCCUGCAAUGGCAAUGACCAGAUUGUGCAGCUUCUCCUGGACCAUGGGGCUGACCCCAACCAACAGGAUGGUCUAGGCAAUACACCAUUGCACCUGGCGGCCUGCACCAACCAUGUGCCUGUCAUCACCACACUGCUUCGAGGAGGGGCCCGUGUGGAUGCCCUGGACAGAGCUGGCCGUACGCCCCUACACCUGGCCAAGUCAAAGCUGAACAUCCUACAGGAGGGCCAUUCCCAGUGCCUGCAGGCUGUCCGGCUGGAGGUGAAGCAGAUUAUCCACAUGCUCCGGGAGUACCUGGAACGCCUGGGGCGGCAUGAACAGCGGGAACGGCUGGAUGACCUCUGUACCCGCCUUCAGAUGACAAGUACCAAAGAGCAGGUGGAUGAAGUGACGGACCUCUUGGCCAGCUUUACCUCACUCAGCCUGCAGAUGCAGAACAUGGAGAAGAGGUAGCAAGGAAGAUUGCUUUGUCAUCACCCUUCUGCCCUCCGCUCUUGGUACAGGCAAAGCCCAGGGGACUCGAGUUCUACCUUGCCCUUAGAUGCUGAGGGCAGAACUGCUGCCAGACAGUCUGAAUCAUCUCUAUGGGCCAGGAUCACAGCCCUAGCUCCUGCUGCAUAAUGCCAGCCUCUGUAGCCACAUUCCAGGCCCAUGGGCAGACAUCACUCUUCCUGUGGCCUCCCUAUGUCCUCAGCAAGCCCCAGAGCCCCAAUUCCCAGCCAUGGACUUAUUAUCAUCAUCUGGCUUUGGGUAGGUACUCUGAGGCCACCCUGGCUGCUGUGGGUGUCUAUGCUGGCCCUGGCCCUUACACCAGCACUUAAAUUUAGCCCUGCACCUGGCUUUCAAGGACAUACUGCAUGAGUGUCUCUGAGUAGAAGAGGGACAUUGCUGAUGCCUAGGCCUUCAUGAGGUUAGGAAGGACCCUGUUUAGCCCAAAGAAACAUCUCCACCUCCUUCCCUCCCAGUCACUGAAACACUACGGAUGGGGAUGUUUUGCAGCCAAGUUGUCAGAGAUAGAUAGUGGUUCAUGUGCCCAGGUCCUCAUCCCAGGAACCUCUAGGCCUUAGGUGGUGUGACAAGAGUCUGAGCAGAUACAUAACCAAAGGUCUUUACAGGAUAGAGAGGAUCCUGGACUAUCUAGGUAGAUGGGUAUCACCCCAGAGAGCCUGUGGGAGGGAGGCAGGUAACUCCUGCCAUGUGGAGGUGAGACGUCAAGGAGGAAGCCAGGAGCUGGAAAAGGACAGCAAAUGGAAUGCCCUCUGAACCUCCAGCAGGGGCUGGCUCUGCUGGCAACUGGACAUGGGCUCAGUGAGAUACAUUUUAGUUUCUAGCCUCCAGAACUGUGAGAAUAAAUCUGUUGUUUAAGCUG